AUGACGGAACCACUCACCAGAAUCGACUCUGCCGUGGCCGGUCUCUCGAUAUCGCCCAAGGACGAAAAGACGGAAACCAAGCCUGAGAAGAAGACCGAAAAGAAGGACAAGGGCCACAAGCGUGUCUCAUCGACAGCCAACGGCGUCAAGAAUAUCAACGACUUAGAGAAGGACCAGAUACCCAUUGAGAUUGCAAUUGAGACACAGAAGCUAGGCUGGAAACUAAACACAUCACCAGGCUUACUGGAAGACAAAGAGGCCCUGUCCAAAUUCCUAGUUACACCGCCCGUGAAGAAGAUCGACCUCCAUUUUCCACUUGGCCUUGAGGUCACUGCGAGGAAUCUCAAAGGCGUUACCAUUAAGGAUGGUUUAGAUGCAAUCUACAAGCAAUUCAAGAAGAAGGCUGAUGACGAGCUCGGAGACAAACCCGUCCUCGCUGGUUUCGAGUGGGAUCCCGAGGAGAGCUGGACGAAACUAAUUGUACACCAGAAGAAGGAAGGUGCCCCACCCCCAAGCAAGAAGUCGAAGAAGAAAGGCGGUGAAGAUAAGUAA